GGGCAAGUGAGAUUGCGCAAAUUGUCGUGAAACAAAAGUCGCAAGUCGCUUGCAGAGGUGUGCAAGGUCCAUGGCCUUUUCGCAAUCCAGAACAGUGCGAGGUCAACGAGUCGGCGACGUCAAGUCGACACUUCGCGAAGUCGAUGGGCUGGCUCCUCGAUCAUUGAGUGCAUACAGUUAUUGCGCGGCGGUUGCGCUCAUAGUUCGGAGUCCAGACUGAAAGAACGAGGGGCGAAGUCGGAUGACAGGAAGAUGGUGGAAACGACGAGGGAGGAGUCCGAUGUAAGCGUGGACACAAGGAUUCUCUGGAAGUGGGGACACAGCUCACAUGCACCUGAGGCUGAGGAAAAACUUCCCGGGGACGAUGCUGCAUAAUCCAAGGUGAAGGGAGCCGAGGGAGGUUGCCAGGUCGUUCCCUCAGCUGGCGUCCACAUUGAACUUUUCUCGUCCAGUGCGCAGCGCAUGUGAGCAACCGAGGGACCUGCCGUAGUGACCGGGUAUGGACCGUGGACAAGCACCCGCAUCCCUUCUAUCAGCACCCACGCUCCGCUACUGGUCACCGGCCGUCGGACACGAAGGCAGAAGAGUGCGUCAGGCGUCUGGCGUCUGGCGUGCGGACUGCAGCAAAGGAGAACUGAGGCCAGGUCAGGGUCAGUGUCAACGGGGCCGGUCAAGUCGUCAGCAUCGGGGGUCCACUUGGCACAAUCACGCGUUGAGUGGGAUGCCCGGUCGGAAGAGAGGUUUUGGACUCGCAGGGAUAUGAUGAAGAUGAAGAUGCGGGCCACUCCUCAGGCUCUCAGUCACUCUCUCGCUCUCCCGUUCAGACUCCGUUCCUUCGCUCGGCUUUCGCAACGAGUCCGAGAGUCGCGUGCACUGCCUAGCUUUGAGCCGCCCUGCUGCUCUGCUCGAACGUGAGGGUGGGGGUGGGGGUGGGGGCCGGUGGAGGACAGACGCUCAGAGGUAGGACAGGGAAGGUGUGAUCGGUUCUGCACUGCUCGACUAGAUAUGACCGUGCGAACGAUGUCAGUUCAGGCCCCUGCACAAACAGAUAUGAAGCUGCAAUCGAUGUCUUCUCCGGCGCCGAUCGUUGUCGUGGUCGAAGAGAAGAAGAGGGUUUGCCACACGAGGUGCACCAGCCGGGACAGGGGAAUCGGACAGCUGGUUCCUACGCAAGGCAUCACUGUGGUCAUUUUUAUAGUCAUUGCACUGUUGCUCAAAGCUGAAGAAGCCGAAGAUAUUGUGGAAUCUCUGAGAAUUGCUACCGAAGUUGUGCGUCCGCUUCUGGCCCCUGUAGUCUUGGCAGUGUGUGGCUUCCUCAUCCUGGAAAUGACUUCAUCAUGAUUAUAGCACAGGCAAUCGCCCCGCCUGACGUGUUUCCGGUCCGUCUCUGACCACAGACUGCUGCUGCUACUGCUACCACCAUCACUUUUAAUACACACUUGUAAUUGGCUCUGGAAGAAAAUACGAGGACAGACGCACGGGCGCUAACGAAAGUACCUCUUCCUCCACCGAUUGGUCUCGUGGUGAGCGUCUAGCGGAUUGCAUCGACUCUGCCCAUCGAUCAAUCGAUCAGUCGAAUCACCCGUACAGCAAUGAUGCCACAGACGACGAAGAUAUUUGAGUCAAUUUGCACCACCGUUCGAGGGCCUGGUUAUAAGUUAGCGCUCUGGAUGCACAUCGUUUGCGUGGUUGACGUGUCGUGGGCUCUGCUGCACAUUCUCACGAUGGGUUUCGCUGCUUGGAGGGUGUAGAGAAUUAGGGAGACCUGGGAUAUCUUUUCCGUAGGGUGGCCGUCCGCAUGGUUGGAGAGCUUGAGCCUGAUGUUCGAUGAAGAAGAGGUGCUUUGCAGGUAUCCAUGGAUCGAUCAGAGUUCGCGGGGCUUGGAGACAGAAUUGGCUGGUGACAUGGUUCCGCGGGAUCCAGGGCCUGCCUCUGCGUGUUUGUGAUGCACAGCCGGAUUGAAUCUCGCUACUGUUAUGCUUGUAAGGGAGGGGAAGAGCAGGCGCUUGAGGUUUGUUACGCAGUUCAUAUGUGGGCUAAGACUUAUUGGGAGUUCUGGAUAUCCAGAGGGUUCCUCGAUUUUCAUGUACACAGUCCAGGCAGUAGGCUGGAUGGCUAGUUUCUGUAUGUGCAGAAAUCAUUCUUUUGAAUCGCCGGGGGCUUUCAACUAUUGCAGUUAUUGGCGAGGACGAGUUCGCAGUCGCUAUGUUGUAUCUAUAGAACGGCCAAUUGGCCGCCCUGUAAAAAUGUAGGAAUUUUUUCAUCAUUCAUUCCCCGGAGAUUCACUAGCAAAUAGGAUAUUAUUAUUUGGUGACGCUACCGACACAACACAUGUACACUUACUGGAACGAAGAUGAAGGAUUGAUGCUGCUCUACAGAGUUUUAACCAAACGAAUGAACCUCAGUGGAGGCCAUCGAUCGCAUGAGAAGGCUAAAAUUUCGUCGAGAACGAGGUCAAUUUACAGCACGAUAUCAAGUAGGUUCAAGCAGCGAGGAAUUGAAGGAAAAUCUACGAGGAAGGAAACCGAUGCCAAUGCUUGAAGGGCUCAGUGGAAGAAGAGGAGAUGGAACAGAGCCUUCUGGAUGACGUCGGAGAGCGCCACAGAUGACAUCACGCUGCCCUCAAGGAGUGACCGCUCUAUUGUUUGAUUCACCGGCCGAUCCAUCCUUCAGAAUUAAGUUUUUUGCAUAUUUGCAGAAUCAAGUUGUACUGCACUCCAGUGCUCAUCGGAUGUAUGAAUUAAGUUAAAACUGUUUUUUCUGUGUAUAGCCCAAUUUCUUCAAUCGUGGACAUGGAAGUCUAGGAGAAGCAGGGAGGGGAGUUUAACGCUUAAAAGCCUCUGUCCCUUGUACUUCUUUGGGUGCCGGUGAACUUGAGAACUGUUAAAAUGUGGAGCCUUUCCAGUGGGCAUGAAUGAAUCAUUCCAAUUGAACCUCGUAAAUAUGGUGUCAUAGUAUACUGUUGUAUUAUCUUCGGAAAGUGAAGCUGGACAGAGUAUGUGAAGGCCAUGUCCCAUCUUCUGAAGGACUAUGAUCGACGCUCUACAUCAUGUUCUGAUCAAGAAUUCUUGCGAUCAACAGUUUCAGACAAUGUUAAUGACAUGUCUAAUUACAAGGUUUCAUCUCGGUUGAAUACGUCGAGUUCGUGCGAUUUCGCCACUAUCUUUGGACAGAAUAUGAAAAUUUCCGAUGGUUCAAGAGGAGUGCUAGAGAGAAGAAACACGGCAAUCGAUCCAGUAAAAGAGUAAAGCGUUCUCAUUCUGCAGUACAAGCACAAACCUCAUGUAAAGUCGGUACCCUCUAACUAGUACCCACGAUGCCCAAGUGCCUCUCUGAAUCUAUCAUCCAUGUCUUCAAUAAUUGUCUCUCGUUGUGUAUACUACCACAGUGGGCCAAUGAAAAAGUAAGCAUAUUUCUAGAGCUUUGCUGACUUCACCAACACACCGAGAUCAACCAACAAGGAGAAUAUCUAGGAUUGCC